AUGAUUUCAUCAUCUUCAAAAUAUUCAUCAAUGAAAAUUGAUGAUAAACAACAAAUUAGUGAAUGCUAUUUAACAGAACCAAUUGACAUUUUAAUAUUAUGUCAAAAAUGUACAUCAUAUGAACGUCGCUCAAAAGCAAAUGGUUGUGUACCAACUGGUUAUAAAGAAAUAGUACUUUGCUCAAAAUCAAAUAUAAAAACAGCUCGUUCAUGUCAAAUACCUAUUCAUGUUCAAAGAAAUUAUUUUUGGUUAUUUGAAACUUUUAUGUUUAUUCUUGGAUUAUUUGCUAUAGUAAAUGUUCAUUUAAGACAAAAAAUUUUAGAUAAACAAAUGGUUGAAAAAAUAAAAAGACAAAUUGCCACACUAUUUGUGGUUUUUAAACAAUGUACAUUUCAACAUAUUGUGUAUUUAUUCUUCUUGGUAUUACUCUUUGCUUCGGAGUUCCAAUUAAGACAUCAAAUAAAUGUGGUUACGAUGUGA